UCCUCACACAAGAGAAAAAUAUGGCUGACCGUGAAUUAUUUGUGUGUACUGGUUCGUGGUGUUUUAAUUAGAAAGUGCGGCACCCCAGGGUCGCCGCUCGACUUGGACGAGGCGGCAGACAGUUUGCGGAAGGGUGACCACAUCAAAGGUCGCGCGCCGUCCGCUUCGCCGUCGGACGAGGAGAUCACUUUUUUCUCUGAGGAUGGAGUGUCCCUGAUCGGGUCAACGACGAGACGAAAUGCCCAUCGAAGUGCAGCCGGAGGCGGCGGGCAACCGGACGGGGCCGCCCCUGGGCCCUGCGGCCGGCGCAAACAUCCGCACCGUCAGGAACAUAAACAACAACAACAACAAUCAGAACCCGCUGUUCAACAUGAGGGACCGACUGUUCCACGCCCUGUUCUUCAAGGCCGCCCUGGCCUACGCCAGGACCUUUCCCAGGCCCGUCAGAAGACUCAUCGAGUUCCUGUUUCUCAUCAAAGCCCUGCUUGCCUUUUUUGUGCUGGCGUACAUCCACAUAGUUUUCUCCCGAAGCCCUUCGAACUGCCUCGCCCACAUCCAAAAUGACUGGCCCCGAGAUGGAAUUCUGCGGGUGGAAAUCAAACGGCCAGGGUCCCAGUCUGGCUUCGCCUUGCAGGACGUGCCAGACGGAGUCGAAAUUUCCACAGUCACUCCACUUGCUUCCUCAUCAACUCCAUUCCAAUCCGAGAGCUUUCAUAAAGAGGCUGUCGAAGACUCGUGGUCAAUUAUGAGACUGCUCUCGCCCGAUGACAAAAUUGAGCCCUCCAUUGUUGAGGAUGUGAACGAAACGCCUCCACCUGACGGCAGCCCAUCGAGAUUUGAGGAAAACCUCACCGAGUCAAAAAGUUUAGACACAGAUGAACUUUUGCCAUCUAAACCAAGUGUAAUCGAGGAACUGAGACUUUUCAAGAAAGAGGAGAACAUACUCACAAAGCAUCCUGAAAAUGUACCUGAACCUAAAAACUCCCCCAAUGAGAAAACAGAAACGCAUGAUGAAACUGACCUCAAGCUGGAAAGCAGCGUCCUAGAACAGGAUGUAGAUUUAACUACUUCUGUGCCAAGUGUGAAUGAAAGCUUGGCUGUAGAUCUUCCGAACGGAGAUAUGGAAAUCAGUAUGGUUGCUCCGUUGGUGGAGCCCUCGUCAGAGGUUGAAAAGCUCGUCAGGGCAGUUUGGCCGGAGGAUGAAUACGUGGUAGAAUACGCUUUGGAGUAUGGAUUUCUGAGGCUUUCUUCGGCCAUUCGGCAAAAGCUUGGCAUUCCCGUCAAGGUGGUCACUUUGGACACCACCAAGGACCCGUGCUUCGGAGACGCCUUUAGUCGUUUUCUGCUGGACCAAUUCUUAGGGUACGACGAGAUGCUGAUGUCUAGCAUCAAGAUGGUUGCUGAGCAGGAAGACAACAAGGGUUUUCUCAGAAAUGUUGUCACAGGAGAGCACUAUCGAUUCGUUUCAAUGUGGAUGGCAAGGACGUCAUAUGUGGCUGCGUUUCUUGUCAUGAUGGUCUUUACGGUGACCGUUUCCAUGUUGCUCAGGUACUCGCACCACCAGAUAUUUGUCUUUAUAGUGGACCUUUUGCAAAUGCUGGAGUUCAACGUGACCAUCGCGUUUCCUGCGGCGCCCCUGCUGACCGUCAUCCUCGCCCUCGUCGGUAUGGAGGCGAUCAUGUCCGAGUUCUUCAGCGACACAACGACCGCGUUCUACGUGAUUCUGAUCGUGUGGAUGGCGGACCAGUAUGACGCGAUCUGCUGCCACACGCCGGUCACCAAACGCUACUGGCUCAGAUUUUUCUAUCUGUACCACUUUUCGUUCUACGCCUACCACUACCGGUUCAAUGCUCAGUACAGCGGCCUCGCGCUCGUCACCUCCUGGCUCUUCAUUCAGCACUCGAUGGUGUACUUUUUCCACCACUACGAGCUGCCGCUGAUUCUGCAGCAGGCGCAACUGCAGCACAUUUUGCUGAGGAACGCGGGCAACCUGGGCGGGGGCGAGGCGCCCCACCCGCCUCCGAGGCCCACCGAGCCUGACACGGAAGAGGAGGACGAUGAAGACGACGACGUCGAGGAGCCGAGCAACACCGAGGACAGCGUCAGCACCGUCGAGGACAUCAACCAGCCUGCCAGGACUGACGAGUGAAAAGUGGAAAACUGGUUUUGUGCGAAGGACGCAACGGUGUUUGUUGUUUUGUAAAUAAUUAAUUCUUGAUUUGUUGAUGCUUAAAGAAGGAAAAAUAUACUUAUCAGCGAGAGAGAAGAAAGAAAAAGGGGCCUCGCACUUCCUAGUGCGUCCGUCUUUAGUCAGAAAAUUGUCCAAUCGUUUCGCUUUCAGGGGAGCAGACCUGCUUUCUUUUCAGAAAAAAGACUUGGUGCAAUAGUAAAAUUUUAUUUUUUGACAUGAUUUGCAAUAGCUAUUUCAAACAGUAACCAAAACUUUUACUUAAUUUAGAAUUAAGACUUAAGAAACAGUAAUUAUUAUAUGACGUGACUUUGCUUUUUGAGAGAUAAAUCAUAAUUCUGGCUUUGAAUUAUCCCCCAAAUUUUUUUCAGUCAACUGAUUGGUCUGCUCCUGACCUAAUGGGGUUCUCUGAGGGCCUCUUGUGUAAUGAUCGGUCUGCCAGCGUUUUUUGCUUCUUAGCUCCUCAUGUGAAAA